CCGUCACUAAAAUCAGCCGUGUGGAACGUGUGUCUGUCAGUUUUGGUCUUGUAACGUACAUUUGUUGAUUUCGUGUUUAUUGGACGUAUUUCACAGAAUCAUGCAGUUGGGAGAGGUAAGAGUGGCAGAGGAUGCUGAUUUCCAACAGUUUAGAAGUCUCUGUGAAGAACAGGAUGGCUGGAAAAGUGAAGUAAAUAGGAGCACAGUUCAAGUAUGGACGAAAAACAACGACAAAUGCGCCUUCAAAAUGGUCAAGGUUCGGUCAGUACUCAAGGAUGUGAGUGCAGCGACGAUGUAUGAUGUUCUUCAUGACUCUGACUACCGGAAAGCCUGGGACAAGUCAAUGGUGGAAGGAUACGAGAUCUGUGCCAUCAACCCUAAUAAUGACAUUGGUUACUAUGCCUUAAAGUGUACCCCAUUCAAGAACAGAGACUUUGUCACACAGAGAUCAUGGUUAGAUUUGGGAUCAGAGUACAUGAUUUUCAACCACUCUGUAAAUCAUGAGAAAUGUCCGCCAAAGAAACACAUGGUACGAGGUGUAUCCCACUUAACGGGUUACUUGAUACGGCCAGAAGCGUCGGGAGGCUGUCAGCUGACUUACCUGUCACAAUCUGACCCUAAAGGUAGACUUCCCUCCUGGGCUGUUAACAAGUUAACUCACAUACUAGCUCCAAAGGUCAUAUCUAGAAUUCACAAAGCAGCCAAGAACUACAACUCUUGGAAAAGUCGAAAUAACCCCCACAAAAAACCGUGGCUUUUCCCGGAGCAGAUCAGCUUGCCAAAAUUAGACAUGCGACAGAUAAAGCCAAUGACCAUUUCAGCAUCUGACGAUGCGAUAGAUGAGAGUUCACUGAAGGAGGGCGAGUUCAAGGAAGAAGACUUUAAUCAUGCAGCGGACGAUAUAUAAAUGUCGUCUUCUAUCAAUUUCUGGUUUUUAUGGUGCACUUUACUUGAGGUUUCAUGCCAGAUACUGUGUAAGUAGCUACUGUACUACCAUCACAUACUAUCUACACCAGGGGCCAUAUUCAUGCUUAUCUCAUACUUGAGGUGAACAAAGAACUUUUGAAGUUAGGAUGUCAGUCAUAUCUGUUUUUCAUUGUUUUCAUUUCAAAUGACCAGUUUGUGCUGACUUGAUAUCAGCUAUCUAUGAUCCUGUAGUACAUUAUGUAGUGUGGGUGAGUUUACAGUUGAGA